AUGCCCGGGUCAUCAGACGCCACAACUCGGAAGCGGAAGCGCAUCCCGAUCGCUUGUAAUUCGUGUCGUGUCCGGAAGUCAAGAUGUGAUGGUGCUAGGCCACAAUGCUCUACUUGUGUCGAACAAGGGUUAGAUUGCGUCUACGCGGCCAACUCGGGAGCAAGUAACGCCCUGGUUCCGAAACAAUAUCUCGAGCAAGUUGAACUCCGUUUGGCAGAUGUUGAAGAGGAAAUAAGUCGACUAAAACGGCUCAUCCCACACUCAUUUUCCGACGAAAAGCAGCAUGCCACUGUGUCACACAGAAACUCGUGCCGCGCCGAUGACUGUUCGGAAAGCGCACAGGCGGGGGAGUCUUUGAACGCCGAAAAUAGAAGCAUCACUGGCAUAACUCCUGACACAACUGACGGUGUCGGCACAAUCGAGUUCACCACUGAUGAGAGCUGGGCAUAUUUUGGACCCUCUUCCAAUAUUGCCUUUAUGAGGAUCAUCCGCCGCACACUGGACCACUUGCUUCGCCAGACACAACGGACACAAGAAGGAGUGACUUCCUCUACGCCAUUACAAAAUACCGAACAACAUGUACUCGCUGUGUCAAGGUCGCAGUCGCCGAUUGACGACUCGUUCGAUCCGAGAAAACUGGAAACGGCUUCAGAAGCCUCUCGCUUGCCACCCGAAGAUGAGGUUAUCCGUCUUGUCCGCCAAUACUUCGGCGAUGCAGGAAUUCUCUUUCCCUACAUCCACGAAGAGAGUUUCUGGAAGGCAUUCGCGUACUAUCGAUCUAUCGGGAUGCGCAAUGCAAGGCACUCAUGGCUUGCUUUGUUGAACAUUAUUAUUGCCGUAGCUCACAGCACUACGAGCUCGGCCAAUAUUGGUUUGGGCGAUAGACAAGCUAUCUCGGAUGUUCACUACCGGAGGGCCAAGUCUCUUUUUAUGACUGAAAUGAUGACGGGAUCUAAUCUUGAAUCAGUACAGGCUAUGCUCCUGAUGUCACAAUACCUGCAAGGUAGCCAGAGAUCUGUUCAGACAUGGUCUAUUCAUGGACUUGCCGUUAAAGCUGCGCUGGAGUUGGGAUUCCAUUCAGAACUAGCCCUCCAAAGAUUCGAGCCGCUCGAACGAGAAACGAGAAUACGAACGUGGUAUGGAUGUAUUUUACUAGACAGAACACUUAGUAUGACGUUCGGCCGCCCGCCCAUCAUCCCGCAGCAUAUGAUCCGUAUUCCUCUACCGCAGCAUUUUAUCUCGUAUCCUAAAGUACCUAGCAUCUCUAGGUGGUCCCGUGAAGAAGACAGCACCCUGUUUUGGAAUGCCUCCAUAACUCUUUACGGGGUUACCGCUGCCGUUAUUGAAAACCUUUACGAGAGCAACGUUGGGUCGACUUCAGCAGUUUCCGUAACCCAUAUUGUGUCUUCUGUAAUCCAUAUCGGACAGAAGCUGGGCGAUUGGCAAGCUUCUUUGCCUUUGUCGAUGCGACUGGUAGAACCGAGUGAGGUGGCCAAUCCUGAUGCAAAGCCGGUGCAACUGAAGCUUCGAGUCGUAUUGACACUGAGGCAUCACAACCUUCAGAUCCUUUUACAUCGGCCUAUCCUGGACCGCUGUUUACAGGCAUUGGAUGGAGGUACUAAGUCCACACAGGAAGCAGCAACCCUAGAGCAAGCUUGGCAUCUAAGCAAAACUGUGUGCCUUCGAUCUGCAGAAGCAACUAUCCGUUUAGUGGAGGCGUGCAAGCUGGCAAACGAUGCACAGCCAACUUUCUCUUUCCUUGGAGCUUGGUGGUUUACCUUAUAUUUUACUUUCAAUGCCUCCCUGACGAUUAUUGCGCUGAAGCUCAUAGAAGACAGCUAUGCUUCCACCCCUUAUAACCACUCCUAUGCGGGAACAGUAGCAAAGCUGGAAGAAACACUGAAGAGCGCUGUCAGUUGUAUCGCACGCAUAGAUACCAAAAACCCAACGGUCGAAAAGUGCGCAAAGUUUACCGCGACCCUGAUUUUGACGGUACAAAGCUUACAUAUGGGGCGUGAUGACGCCAACGUAUUGUCAUCAAGUACAACAACCAUCACUGAUGAGAAUGGGGUAAAUCAAAACACGCAGAUACUGAACAAUGGUGGGUUGGACGAAGCAUUUUCCGACUUGGUCAAUUACCUUCCACAGAAUUUCAACGACUUCUCCGCCGCCAGCGCGCCAUUCGCUAUGUCCGAGUUGAUGAAUGAUUCUUCUACUGGCGAUCUGUUCUGGUAG